GGUGGAAGCGGAAGAGGUUUCCGAAUUACGAGCUUUACUGUUCAUUCAUUGGUCAGGGAGGAGGAAGUAACCGGAUGUAGUCAUGUUAGCUUGACUUGCUAAGCCCCAACAGUAAAACGUCUUAAAGAUUGUGCAGAACAAGUAAUUAAUGUCUCCGAGUCUCACCUUGACAUUCUUCAAGAAGCCAGUCCCCGCUUGAUUAUGUUAUCUGGACUGCUGAGAGGUUUUUUUUUUUUCUAGCAUACGUUUGCAAGUUCAGAAGGUAAAUGACCUUAAUUAGCAUAAGUGUACUUUUACUAACUGGAGCUAAAGUAGCAAACUGAGACUUUAAAGGUUCAUGGUUUAGAGCUACAAGAAAAUGCUCGCUCCGAGUUGAUCAGACUGUGAGGGACAGACUCCAUCCUCCGUGGACACCUCCUCUAACCUUGUUGUCCAGCUGAGGACCGAGAGACUGGGGACAGUUCCAGAGAGGACACAGAGCUGCUGACCAAGGCUGUAAACCAGAGUCGUGAAAAGGAGAAUCCCACGUGGAUCUAGGAUGUCUGAGAUGAUGAAGGUUGAAGAAGACAACUCUGGAGGACUCAGUUUGGUGUCCUCCAUACCUGCAGCAUCCUCAUCAGAACUGGAGCAGAAACAAGACAACAAAGAUCUCAGCCAUCAGAUGUUGGUGAUUAAAGAGGAGUUUCCCCAUGACUGGAGCUCCAGUUUGCACCAGCAGCAUCCAGAGCUCCCCCACAUAAAGGAGGAAGAAGAGGAACUGUGUGUCAGUCUGGAAGAAGAGGAGCUUACUGUGAAGUGUGAAGAUGAAGACAAACUUCAAUUAAUAGAGCUUCACCACAUCAAAACUGAAGGUGACAGAGAGACGGUAGAUCCAACCAGCAGUUUAGCUGAUCCUGAUGGACAGCGCUGUGUAGGAACAGAAGCGGACGAGAACCCAGACCCAAUAUGUGCUUCCCAACAAAGUAAACAGCAGCCGUUGGUGGUUAAAGAAGAGGUUCCUGAUCUUUGGAGCUCCUGUUUUGACCAGCAGAACCCAGAACUCCUCCAGAUCAAGAAGGAAGAGGAGGAACUGUGCAUCCUUCAGGAAGGAGAGCAAUUUGCUGUGAAGAUUGAGCAUGAAGAGAAUCAGCAGUUAUCAGAACUUCAUCAAAUCAAAACUGAAGACAACAGCGAGACAGAAGCUCCAACCUGUAGCUCAGCUAUACCAGUGAAAACCAAACAUGGUCAAAAGGCCUGUGCAAAAGGACCAGAACCAGAUUGGGACCAAGAUCCAAAUACUGAAAUACAGCCAAAUACUGAUAGAAAUUCCUCAGACUCUUCUGAGACUGAAGUCAGCACGGAGGAUGAUGAUGAUGAUGAUUACAACCUUUCAAGUUUUGGAUCUGAAACUGAAGAGACUGAAGAAGCCAAGACACUUCAGUCAGGAGUAAACAGCAAUGUGGGAGAUAAAACUCUCCAGAAACUCUUUCGCUGCCCAGAGUGUUAUAAACAGUUUACGUAUCGGCAGUCAUUCAUGAAACAUCUGAAAUGUCAUUCAGGAGAAAAUACUUAUCAGAAACCAUCAGAAAGCAAAGCUGAGAAGAACAUUUUUAUUUGUAAAAAAUGUGGUAAAACAUUUAAGGAUAUUUUUCACCUUAGAUCACAUGUAAAUAUCCACACCAAAGAGAAACCGUUUGCUUGUGAUGAUUGUGGCAAAGAAUUCAGGCAAGCGCAUGUUCUUAAACUUCACAUGAGAGUCCACACUGGAGAAAAACCAUUUACUUGUGAUGAAUGUGGCAAAACAUUUAGCCACAAGCACAGUCUGAAAGGUCACAUGACUCAUCACACAGGAGAAAAACCAUUUAAAUGUGAGGAAUGUGGUAAAACAUUUGGCGUUUAUGGAAUUCUGAGAAACCACAUGACAAUUCAUAAAGGAGAAAAACCUUUUGCCUGCAAUAGCUGUGACAAAUGUUUCAGACUUCGUGGUGAUCUUCACGCACACAUGUUAACCCACUUGGGGAUAAAACCAUUUGGCUGCAGUUAUUGUGGGGCCAGUUUUACCCGGCAAGGGACUUUGACAAGACAUGUUAGACGGCACACAGGUGAGAAACCUUUUUUUUGUGAUAAGUGUGAUAAAAUGUUUUAUCGAAACUCAGAACUAAGGUAUCACAUGUCAACGCACUUAAGGGAACGGAAGGUAGCCACUGGAAAAAGAAAAUUUGCCUGCAAGGAAUGUGGUGAAAAAUAUAUCCGAAAAGUGCAUCUUACAGCACACAUGAGUACCCACUCAGGAGAAAAACCUUUUAGCUGCAGUGUUUGUAGUGCAAGUUUUACACGCAAGGAUAGCCUCAAGAGACACUCAGUGAGAGUUCACAGUCAAUAGAAACUGCUCAGUUCAGUGUUUAUUCUAAAGUAUUUUCUAGAGGAGUCACGUGGGACAGCUGAGAGUAAUGGCCGCACAUUAGUUGUGCUCCUGAAACCAAUUUUUAUUUUCAUACCUUUUGAGAGGUAAACUUCAAGUUAAGGUCAUAUUUCUGAGCGUGUUGCUGAUUGGGAACGUGAGGCACUGGUGAAAAUGUCGAACACCAGUAAAGCACCUUUUUUCAAAGUAGCAAGGGCUACGAGGCUAACUACUAAAAAACAAGCUAGCUCGGCCACACCGCCUCAACCACCUGAAGAAACCAACGCCACACUCCUGGUGAAUGAAUGCAACGCACAAGAUGAGAGCGCUGAUGUGAUGUUGCAUGAACAGCUGAAGAAAAUUAAUAACAUCCUGACGAUGGUGGCGGCUGACGUGACCACCGUUAAAAAGACAACCGAGGACCUAAAGGAAUGAAUGAAGAUGUGGAUGAAUGAAGCAGAACGGUGUAUUUUGGAUUUGGAGGAUCAGGCUAAGAGCAAGUUGGACAAAUGUGACAAACCAGUUGAAGCAUUGUGGGCACAAGUGGAAAAUUUGCAAAGUCGAAGAAAUAAUGUCCGCUUGGGGAAUCUGAAAGAGGGGCUUGUGCAACCAGGGAGGAUGAAGCAAUAUGUGCAAAAGAUCCUUGCAGACGCUUUUGGUUACGCUGUGUUUUGUUUCUGUUUAAGUUGUUCUUUCAGACAGCAUUUUAAAUGGGUCAAGGGAUUGUAUUUCAAAUUAUUGUGUUAAAUGCCUAUACAUUUCAAGCCACAGCUUACAGUAUAUAUUCUGUUUAUCUGUAAUGUCUGGAUACAUUAAACUUAUAUCUUGGAAUAUAAAGGGAUGUGGAAAUCCAAUUAAGAGGAAAAAGGUUCUUUCAUAUUUGAAAACAAAAAACAGACAUUGCACUCAUUGAGGAAUUGCAUGUAGAAGGGGAGGAAGAAAUUUAAAAGGGAUUGAGUUGGGACACUAUUACAUAGCUCAUAUUCCAGUAAAAGAAACUGUCAUGAUUUGUAUAAAUU